AUGGAAUUUUCUCAGACAGAAGAAUCUUCUGUUGCUUCGAAUGCUGACGAAAUAACUCAAUCAAGGUCUAAAAUUCCGCGUACUGAGCAAACCGAACAAGCUGUAAGCUCGCCCGUAACAAACAUUGAUAGUCGUACUCAAAUCAUCAAUAUUGAUGACGAAAAUCACUCUCCACAUGUUAAGAAGCCCGAUCAUAAUAAUAGCAUGAGUCAAGCUUACUCUUCUAGCAACACAACGGAUGUAUCAAUGACAGCAACUAAACCUUCUACUUCAGCUAAACAGAGCACUCGGCCGAAUCACUAUAAUCAUCAAGAAUAUAUUCCAGACAGAUGUUCAUUAUCAAACUUUCAACCACAGAUUGAUAAUGUUCGAUCUCUUGCAAAUGUUGACGAUCACAAACAACCCGUCAAUGAAGUUCCAAGUCGGAAACUGCCUACCUCUUAUAAGGGUCGGAGAGGUCGACGUUCAAUACUGAUUCAAAAACAAGUUGAAAAGAUAUUAUUUCAGACGAAAAUGGAAAGAAAUUUGGCCAUUGGCGCACAGAAUCCAUCGACCAAACCAGACAAUUGUCGACGCGUUCAUUACAACAACCACUAG